AUGCGCCUCAUCAACACCCGCACCUUGGCCCUGGCCGAGUUCUUUGGCGACGAGAUCCCGCGGUACGCCAUCGUAUCUCAUACAUGGGGCCACGAUGAAGUGACAUUUCAAGACUGGAAGGAGGACCUAUGCGUGGCGAGGGAGAGGGAGGGGUUUCGCAAGAUUGACAUGGCCAGGAUCCAGGCCAUUGACGAUGGACUCGAUCACCUCUGGAUCGACACCUGCUGCAUCAACAAGGAGAGUUCCGCCGAGCUGUCCGAGGCCAUCAACUCCAUGUUCGCGUGGUACGAGUGCGCGGUGCGGUGCUACGCCUACCUCUCGGACGUAGACCACGCGGAACGACUCGACGGGCCCGCCGGCGACGCAGAGCACAGCUUCGACAUCCUUUCGCGGAGUCUCUGGUUCACCCGCGGCUGGACGCUCCAAGAGCUCCUUGCCCCGCGGGAGGUCCUCUUCUUCGCCCGCGGCUGGAGCCUCCUGGGCACCCGCAAGCUCCUCGCGGGCGUCAUCCAGAGAAUCACGAACAUUGACUGGAAGUAUCUCCAGCCGCGAAGCAGGAAACGCCUGUCCGACGCCAGCGUCGCCGAGCGCAUGUCGUGGCUGUCGUGCCGCAAGACGACGCGCAAGGAGGACAUGGCGUAUUGCAUGCUCGGCAUCUUUGACAUCAACAUGCCUCUUCUCUACGGCGAGGGCGCGAAGGCGUUCGCGCGGCUGCAGGAGGAGAUACUCAAGACGUCGACGGACCAGUCGCUCUUUUGCUGGUCCUGGACCGAGAGCGACCCGGGUUCCUGGGUCAGCAUGCUGGCGCCGUCGCCGCGCAACUUUAGAAACGGGCAGGAUUAUCACCCGGCGCACGAUCCCUCGAGCAGGCCGGUGCCGUAUUCCAUGACCAACUUUGGCUUGUCGAUACAGUUGAUGCUGGUACGCCCCGCCAACAUUCGUAUCUCCAACUUCGGCUUCCGGCCCCCAGAGUGUAUCGGCAUCCUAUCCGCCAGCACGAAAGGCGGCCACCUCAUCGGUGUUCCCCUGGAGAGCACCGGCCUGGUGGACACGUACAGAGUCGUCCGGGACUUCCCCCGACCCAUCUCGCUGCGAUGGAACACGCGCGAUCUCGGGCUCCUAAAGUCCGGAAGCAGCCUAAAGGUCGAAAGAUCCUGCGAGCAAUCUCAUGCGCCAAACACCUGA